AUGCUCAGGAUUGACCCGAAUUCUCGUGUGCAGCAGCUUAUUAUUCGAUACUUCAACCAGCUCCGUUUGGGCUGUUCCAAUCCGAAUUGCCCCAAUCCAAAUUGUGCCUCUUCACCUUCAUUCGCACAUCCAAACCUCAAUGCGAACCAAGCCGCAGUUUUGGCUAUGCAGUUAACAGCCGAUCGGGCACCACUUUGCUAUCCACCUGACAACCCGACAACAGCAACAACAACUACUACUACUAGCAAUCCAACCACAAGCACGGCAGAAGACUGCGUAAUGGCGGGAACGGAAGAAACCGAUCAGACCUUGUCCAGGAGUACAUCGCCGAAUGAUGAAGUAACUGUAUCCACCGUUCCUGCUCCAGUCUCCACUCCCUCAAGCGAAACCAGUUUCACAUCGAGUGCCUCUGCGAGAACUGUUUCUUUAGGCGCUUCCAUUACUGCCGCUGAGGACUCUUCACAUAGUUCCCUGAUGACACCCAGGGAGGUAACUCGGCUACUUAUGCUGUUAUUUGAUGCGACAGACAACGACGACGUGGGUUCAUCACCUGGAGGUGAAGAACACUCAGCCGGCGAAUCUCAAUCAGGUCACACAUCCAGGGCUAUUGCUGGGUCUUCUGGACGCAGUUCCAUCAGAGGUAAGAACAUAUCUAUUUCGAUGUUAUUUCUGUGUCUGACACAUUUCCACUUAUUAAAGUACAGACUUCUGAAACCCAUUGCCUUUCUAAAGUCAAUUGUGAAGCGUAUUGUAAAGACUAAGAACUAUCAGUGGAUUUUUCUGCCUCAUUUAGAAUCCGGUUUGUUUAGUUGA